AUGGCAGCCGCUGCGCGUGUACCAUUUCUCGAACAGCAGUACAAUCAUGUCGCGCUACCUCGCAAAUUGCCUGGCAGAGAGGAUGGAAACCUACGACGCGUCGAAGAGGCACUGCUGGAGCGCAUGUUGGAUGCCGUCACAAAACUCAUUCCCCAUGUCGCUAUAGAUCUCGCUCGCCAUGUCCAGGGACUGCGGGAGACAUUGCUUGCUUGUCAAGUACUGAACGUCGACGGGACUAUCGGCAAGGCGGCGCUUAUCAAAGAGCUUCGCAACUUCGGCCAUCGCAAAAUGCUCGUUCUGCACAUUGCACCGCAAAACUGCGCUUUGCUAGUAUAUCCCCAGGAACUUUCCUCCGGAGAGCCCAGCAUUGUAUUCGAAGCUUUCGAGACAUCUGCGACUGCCGACAAGGUACUUGCUGCCAAAGGCGCGCUACAAUGGGACUUGAUCCUACGUGUAGUUCCCGGCUGCGCGGUAUCUGUCCCGGCUUCGAAGUUUUACGAAGAAGCUUUCCAGGAAGCUCUCGCCGUCUUCAUUGAGCAAGCCAGCAGUGAGUCUGUCACGAAAUUUGCUGCUGUUACUUGGAAGGCAGCCGCUAUGAUACCCGAGAUCCGAGAUACCAGUGACCCCGCGCUCAUUUCGGGCUUGUUGAUGACUAUACUGGAGGCCAAUGGCGCUGCGGUCUCAGUACCACAUUUACGAAAGCGUGUGCGCGACACGGUCAUCUUCGAUAAUGCCCGGACGCCCUGGAGGAGAUCUGCGUUUUAUUUGGCUUUACGAGUAGCAGUUCAGCGCUACUUGUAUCGUUACUUAGGUGCAGAGACCGGAAGACUCUACUACAAGACACUGAUAUGUCUCCUACAUGCACAGCUACUGGAAGACGUACUCAAGAGGAUACCUCUCGAUGCAGCCUUUUCACUGAGGCAAAAAUUAGGUCGUCGUCUCGCCAAGCUCACCUCCGACAUGCACAGUGCCAACACAUCAGCCCCAGGCAGAUAUCCCAAUCUCAUGCUGUCCUUGGAAGGUGGUUUUGAAUCCAUCCUGGCGACGACUGGCGGAUACUUGAGGCAAGUCUGGAAAACUCAUAAGCAGUCGCGCGAACGCUUCAUCCCAAACUUGCGCCAGUAUGCUCAUCCUCAUGAGUUCAAACUUUGCUUGAUGAACAGCGGCAGGUUCCUGAAAGGCAUCUUAGCUGCGCAAAUCUCUCUUCAGCAACAGGAAAAACGAACAGCUACCGAGCUUCUGCAGCUGUAUGAACGGUCUGCGGCUUCCGUCAAGCCCUACAUGAGAGCUUUGGACUGUCAUAUUGCUUCAUCAAAGCUUCUCGAGGACGUUGUCUUUCCUGUCAAACAGUCAACACAACCAGAAGGUCUUCGCGCCAUCCAACUGAGUAAGGUGAUUCGUGAGUAUGUCGCUAGAAUCAUCGCCGUGGACCAGGCGUAUCCCAACCAGAAGAGCCAGCAGCUCCUCCUUCUAAUAGAGCUUUGGGUUCUAAUGGACAGGGACGCGGUGGCUUGUUACCCAUUGCUCGAAGAAUACCACCCUGGAUUCGAUCCAGAUUUGUUAGAUCCCAUCCAGCUUCUUACACGCGAAGAGAUGAUUCGCAGCCAAGAGAUACGCACGUAUCUUAAAGCUCGUUAUCGUGCACGGCCGAAUGCAGAAUCUAGGACUAUAUUCGAUGAUCCUGCCGACGAUUGCUUCGCUGCGCAAUACUAUGACCGCGAGGACCAUCGGGGCGAGCUCUCCACCAUACGCGAACAUAUUGAAAAAGAGGCAAAUAUUGCCUUUGAUGCUAAGCAUGCCGAAUGGGAAGAGAAGAGUCAGCACCAUGCGCAAACCAUCGAUAGGCGAAACGAGAAGGAAUGCAUAUGGGAUGCCUUUGUUGCUUGGGACGGCAUGCCUGAGUCGCGCCACCGAGUACCUUGCGGUUGGCAUGAUCUUAAUCACGAAGCCAAGGGUAUCAGGAUUCAGAUUUACGAACACCCGUUGCCACGCUAUGAGCCAGCAGCCAAGGCAGCACUAUUCGAGCUACAAUGCCCCGAGGUGUUUGCUGCUUACCGGGAUGCAACCUGGUUCAUUCUUUCUACCUUGUGUCGUCAACCGACUGAUAAGCUCGAUCGGAUGUCGCUCAUUCGGGAGUACUCGCAGCUUCGCCCAUACGUCAACGGAACCAACUGUCAAGUCACUUUGGGCUCAUACAAGAAAGCUCAUCUAGAAUGCCAUUACGCCAACUGGGGCUUUCCUAUCGGACUGGACGAGGUCAUCCGGACCUGCGGCCUCAAGCCCAGGUACUACGACCGUCGCGGCGAGGCAUGGACGGAUCAGUUCGGGAAAGCUUCAUUGUGGCACCACUUUCCUGUGAAGCUUCCCCCUAGCUCACCUCUCGUGUCGCUUGACCUCGACUACUCCAUGUGGCCAACAUCGAACGAGAUACAGGCGAAUCAAGCUAGGUGUCCCCAAGGCGUUGGUGUUCAUGAGUUCACUGCACUUCAGGGUCUCUUAGUUGGAACUCAUUCGAGGUGGCUCGACCUUCUCAGAGAACUGGGAUCAACCAAUCUCAAUUUCUCUUCGGAUUCCACGUGGUCCCUCAUCCUGCGUCUGGUAUUACAGCUAGGGCCAGACUCUGCGGCCGACUCUCAAUACACCGAAGUCCAUCGCCCCCUGUCUGACAAUGCUCUAUGCCGCAAGCUAUUGCAGCAAAUUUGCUAUCGGCUAGAAGCAAUACAGCGAAACUGGCGUGAGCCUGUACAGAUGGAUAUCCUUAUCACUAUUUUGCUCAAGGUGACAUCCCUAGCACCCAGCAGGUCAGUACGCGACGAAGGCAUGCAACUUCUCCACGAGGCCCGCAAAAUCACCGACGCCUGGCGUAGGGAGCUACAACCCAUGGUCACAGAAGAUCCGAACGUGUUACAGUCCGCUAUAUGGGCUUCCCUUCUAUGCAAGCGAACAAUGCACAUUGAUGAACAGCAAUUCAGGGACCCUGAAAGUCUUCGGAUGUUUCUUGACGCCUCGAUCUCAUUACAAUAUAACCUGACCGGAAGAUUCGAUACACUGCCAUACACUAUGCGCAACACCAUCGUGCAGGACACGCUAUUUGCGUACGAGCAUCGCGAGACCAUAUGUCGAAUUAUACUAGCAGAUGCGCAGACUUUCAGAUCAUCCUUGGACGCGGUAUGGCAGAUCCCUAGAGACUACGACACUACAGAGGACGGAUUAGAAGUCAUUUCGGACACCUGGUAUCUGUCGUACACGCUGGUGUCGAAGGACGAGCAGCACUCCUACUUUGUGCAUUACAACUAUGUCUACGGCACCUUGCUCAUUGAUGGGCAAGAGAUGGGAACUUUACCUCUGGCUUAUCGUUCGCAUGCAGACUACAAGCAUUUAUUUGGCACCAAAAACCCAAUUGUCUUCCCUUCUCCGCUCCGAGGCAUGGAUUUUGUAAUCGCUGAGUCGAUGCCAUUCAACCAUCAUCGGAUUCAUCUAGGCUAUCGUAACGGUCGGCUGAUCAUCCGUGCAGACCAUGACGGGCGACUGGCCGAGUUCGUUCCCCGCAAUGCUUUUGGUUCAGAUCUUCCGAGUCCAUUAGUCGAGAAUUGCUACCACUGGCUUCAUGUCUACAAUGGCCACGUUGAAAUUCGUCAGCACAGUCCAUGGAAGUUCAAGCCAAUGAAUUGGUGGAUCCGCUGGCAUCCCUCCGGCUUCUACCACGCCGUUCGGCGGUUCGGAGAGCCAGGGCAGACCACACUUUUGGACUCGGCAAGUGAUCUGGUCAGGAACAUCACACAAGUUUUCAGUCAUUUCGAAGACGCGACCCAAAUAAUGGUGUUCGUAUCCAGUGUCGGCAUAGUUACUGUGGAGUUGAAGCGAAUGGAAUUGAGCUUUUACAUCAACCGCGAAGGCUUGCUGCAGUCGUCGCGACUCGGUGCCAUUAUUUCGCAGAGUCAGGAUGCGGGAACCUGGUACGGGCUCCAGAGUAAGCUCGUAGUUCAAUCUGUGUCGAAUCGACGUCAGAAGAGUGUGCUGGUACUCCAGGGCGGAUUUCGAGUCUCGAAAGAUGGGCCUCAUGUGUCUGUUGACAUUGAAAUAGGUUCAGGCGAAUACCUCAAGUUUGCGAUCAAUGACGUCUUGGGUCGUAUCGACUGUGCGCCUGAGCCACGUCUUCUCUACACCAAAGCUCUGCUGCAUGCUUACACGUCGCACGUCAUUGCCGAUCCACUCACGCGGCGAACAGGAACCGAGGAAGCGCUGUACCUUCUCCAAACAGGUACCUACCAACCCUGGAAUCCAUUGCCAAGCGACUUGAUAGCCAAACUGAACUAUAUCGCGGAACUUUCUCCCAAACGAGGGUAUUAUCCGAAAGACGCCAAAGUUAUGGAGACAGUCGUCUGGAACCCCGAAUGCACUGUCUCUAUGCAGGACGAUCGAUAUACCACUGCAGUCGCCAGAAUACUGAGGAGAUCUUCCAACUUGUCCCAGUUCUUCUUAGAUUUCGAUGUUCAAGCAGCGAUCAAACCGGAAGCUGACAUGACUCAUUUGGCUGCUCGCGCGGUUACGAGAUCCAAUGCUCAUAAGCAGAAGAAAGGUAGCAACCGGGAUGUUGUCUACUCCGCACGUGAUGCUCGCAGAUCUUCACGAGACCGACUAAAUGUUCUUGAAGUAUCAAAGCUUCUGUUGAACUGGGAGUCAACCUGCUCGUUAGAGACUACAUUAAUCGCCCUUCUUCACGAUGCUCCAGUUUUGGGUGGUUACGACAAGUGUUAUCGUAAAUGUCUGCUCACUGAUCAUCUCGCUGUCGACAUCAAAGCGGAGUGGGGUGCGCUUGCUCAGAAGUCACUCCAAUCCAGCGUCGAUGAUAGGUUCAGUCUGAUGUUUCUCUUAGCAACUGUCGCAUUCUCGCCAGAUGUGGAUCUUGACUUGCUGCGCAUUCUCAUAUCCUUCGCGAUGAUCCCGGAAAUCCGCGUUAUACCAGCUCCCAGCUAUGCCGCCUACUUCCACUUUCGUGCGGAUGGAGCACCCCCCGCCUCUUACCUGAUAUCUUUGAUGGAGAAAUCACGCAUGCCCUUCUCUGAGACCGGUUUCCGUAAACGCUCGCAAUUAGUUAAAGCUGAGAGCUUGCAUGGUCCAAAUGUCGAUCAAUCUUGUGAAGCCUUGGCUAGCUCGAUAUUAAAACAAUGGCCCGCUCCUGAGGUUGAACCGCAGAAGCUGGUAGCAAUUGACACGACAUAUCUGGACGUUGGUCGGGCUUUAGAUGACAUCGGUCAGGAGUGGACUCGCCUCACACGGAACCACGAGCUGGCGCUAUACCUGGAGCAGGUACAGCAGAUUCUCUUCCGUAUGACCGCUCACGAAUUGGUUGCUAGUCCCCUCACCGAAGCAAUCUCAGAUAACAAGUCGACUCCUUCCCUGUAUCCUACACGAUCGAGGGAACAAGACGAUCUCUCACUCUCAGCUAUUUUGAGGGCUCGGGUCUUCAACAGUAAAUCACUCGGCAUGAGGACGUCUCCUCAAACUUCAAAGUCCUACGCUGGAGCUUUGACGGCCAGGUCGGGUAACAUAGUGCAUCGUCCUGCCAAGAUAUAUAGUGCUGUGGGUAUGGGUCGAGGCACAAAGGCUCCAGCCUCUCCUCACAUCUCGCAGUUGCCACCACCACAGGAGAUCGGAGCACUUAGAGAGAUCGUUGCCAACUUCAAGGACCCGACCUCCUUCGUGCAGAGUAGGUAUGCGAAAGAAAUGGACGCGAGUAUCAACGCCCUCACGAAGCACAUCUCCAAUGUACAGAACACGUCCCACGGCUCGUAUCCCAGAAUAUCGGGAGAGGAUAUCACUUCAGCGAAAGAGGUCGCAGCAGCGGCAGUUGAGCAUAUUCGCUAUUCACUUCAGGCACAGCAUCCACAAGCCAAGUGGCUCCAGCUGGUGGAUGCAUGGCCUAAAUUGACAACCGUUGAGCUCCUGACAGAACUCCGAACUACUUCAGGUACCACGUUUGGCACGGGCACGAAAGAAGCGAUCGUGUCUUUUGGAGUGGCUAUUAGCAAAAUACAACGAAUACACCGCAUUCAGGAUGCGCAGAAGAGGCACAAAGAACAACAAGAGCGGGAUGAUUGGGCGAACGAGGGCCAUAGAAAUUGGAGCCCUGUGACCUACCCGGACUGGCUGCUGUUGGAAAUUGACGGCGACAUUCUUAUUCGAGAAGAGCAGGUACAGGUCGCUCUAGCGACAGUCUCACCACGGUCGAAUCAGAACUCAGUCCUGCAGCUCUUGAUGGGUAAAGGGAAGACGUCUUGUAUCCUUCCUAUGGUAGCGGCUCUUCUUGCUAACGAAGCCGACCUUGCUCGCGUUGUUGUACCGAGAGCUCUUCUGCUGCAGUCGGCACAAGUGAUGCAGGCCAAGCUCGGCGGCUUAGUCGAUCGUGAACUAAUGCAUAUUCCCUUUUCACGAAAGACCCCCCCUACUGAGGCGUUGAUGGACCUAUACACGAAGAUGCAUGCACGAUUGCGUGAUCGUCGUGGUGUGCUCAUCGCAUUGCCAGAGCAUAUUCUCUCGUUCAAGCUGAGUGGACUACAACAGCUGUGCGACGAAAAUCUCGAAACAGCUUCCAUAAUGAUCGAGACACAACGCUGGCUCGAUCAGCACGCUAGAGAUGUUCUCGACGAAUGCGACGUAUCGUUAGCGAUCAGAACGCAACUCAUCUACCCGUCCGGUACUCAGGCGACAGUGGAUGGUCAUCCAAUGCGCUGGCAAGUAACGCAGGCUGUACUUCACCUGGUCAAGGACUUUUCGUCAAGUGUUCAAUCACGCUACCCUCACAGCAUUGAGGUGGUCAGCCGCGGAACUGGUGGUUUUCCUCUUAUCUACUUCCUGCGCAGAGACGCCGAGGAUUACCUGAUCGAGCUUUUGGUCAGGAUUAUCUGCAAGGGUCAGACUCCGUCGAUACUUCCUUGCGCCGAAUACCCAUCCGAUCUCAUGAAGGAUGUACAGGCCUAUGUCUCGAAACCAGUCGUUCGCAGUCCAACCAUAUCCAAGAUUGCCAGCUUCUUCCGGGACAAGCCAACCCUGAUGCGGGCAGUCAAUCUACUUCGUGGCAUGUUUGUUCAUCGCAUACUGAUAACGACUCUCAAGAAACGCUGGAAUGUACAAUACGGAUUGCAUCCGAUACGCGCACCGAUAGCGGUACCGUACCUAGCCAAGGGCGUACCUUCACCUACAGCUGAGUGGGGGCAUCCCGACGUCGCCAUCACCUUGACAUGCUUGUCGUUCUAUUACCAAGGUCUUGGCGUUGUCCAGUUCAAAGAAGCAUUCGCACACUUGGUCAAGACUGACGAACCAAACAUCCAGUACGAGAAGUGGUUUCCGAAGGGGAUCGAUAUUCCAAAAGAAUUGGACGACUAUGCAGCAAUCAAUGCGGAAGACAUGCGGCAACUGGGAGAGCUUUACCAGGUCGUACGCUACAGUGCUUCCCUUGUGGACUUUUACCUGAAUAACUUCGUGUUCCCCAAAUAUGCUAAGACCUUCAGCCUCAAACUCCAGGCAUCAGGUUGGAAUCUUUUUCCAUCAUCUCAGAACAACACGGGACCCCGUGUGACCGGCUUCUCUGGUACAAACGAUUCCAGGCACCAACUUCCCCUAUUGGUUCGACAGCGAGAUCUUCCACAGCUAGCACACACAAAUGCCGAAGUUCCAUGCUAUCUAUUAGCAUCUCGCAACCAAUCCUACUUUCGUAUGACCACAUCACAUGGAGUCCGUUGGACUGAAACAGCCCUGAUCGAAGAUUUUGCGAACCGUUCCUGGAGGAGGCAAUACAACGGCCAGUACCAGUCUUUCCGUCUUGCACACGGAGCAAAUAACGUUCAUUUGACCGGCCGGAUCAGGAUCCUUAUCGAUGCGGGUGCACAAGUUCUCGAGCAUUCGAAUAAAGACUUCGCCAAUGCUUGGCUUCAUGCGGAUGAGGGAGCAGCUGCAGCUGUGUAUUUCAGCGAUGAUCACCGUGCAUGGGUGUUAUAUCGCACAGGCAAACGUGUACCAUUAGUAGCAUCUCCAUUCGUCGAUGACCUAGAUCGGUGUGUCGUAUACUUGGACGAGAGUCACUGCAGAGGAACUGAUAUCAAAUUUCCACCGCAUGCAAGGGCCGCCUUGACUCUUGGUCAACACCUGACCAAGGAUGCAUUGGUGCAGGCUGCCAUGCGAUUGCGGCUUCUCGGUCAGACCCAGUCAAUCACCUUCUUCUCUCCGGUUGAAGUCCACCAAGGUAUACUGGACCGGCUACCAAAGGGGACGAGCGAUCUCCAUCAGCCUACUUCAGGCGACGUCCUUCGUUGGGUAUUCGGUCAAACUUGCGACACCAUGGAACAACUUGAACCUUCGUAUUUUGCUCAAACGUUGCAAUAUCUACAGCAAGAGCAAGCACGGUUGGAACAUCCUGAAUUCUUGCAGGAUGUGUCGUCACGAGAGGCUUACCUCGCAACGAUCCGAAUCAAAGAGGCUCUUUCGCUGAAACAGCUCUAUGAGCCCAGAGGCGAGCGUCACCGGCGCGCUGGUCUUAAUAUUGCCAUGAUCGCAUGGAAACCCUCGCUGCAUAGCAUCUACAUUGACCUUCUGGAUCGCAAGAAGCACUUCCAGGAUCGAGGUUCGGCUGUUCAUGCAUCAGCACUAGAGGAAGUGGAGAUCGAGCAAGAGCGCGAGGCAGAGCGUGAGGUGGAAAUCGAGGUUGAGAACGUCCGCGAAGUUCAACAAGCUCUUCUAUUCAACGCCCAUAAAGUCAAAAGACUACACGAAGACAUCAAGCAUUUCGCAGCGUUUGGGCGUCUCGUUCCUGGAAGCGAUGCUUACCUACCAAUGUUUUCGGUGUUGGGACGGACGACUUCACUAGGCGUCAAGCAUACGGUCAACCCAUCGAUGAAGUCAGGUCUGUGGAUCUCAGCUGAGUUUUCCCGCACGAUCGAGACUUAUGCGCCCAAUGACAACUAUGUCCGAUCUUCUCACUGGGUUCUUUGGAGUACCAUCAGCCAACAGGCGCUGCUUGUCAGCCCUGAGGAAGCUAACCAGCUCAUCCCAAUCAUGCAGGAGCAGCAGGCGUUCGAGGAUAGUGGCAGCGUUCAUCUCAUCAUCUAUGCAGCACCUGUCACUCGAAGGAUGCUCCAUUUCAACCAGCUGAAAUAUUACGCGAUGCCGGCUUUGGCCACCGACUUUGAGGCGCCUGUCUGGCUUCGGGUCGAGAUGGGCCUUUUCGCUGGGCGGCUCUACCUGGAAUGGGAUGAGUACUAUCAACUGCUGGAAUAUCUCGGUCUUGACGAGAAUCUAUCUCAGCAUCCUGAGAAGGACGCAUUCGCAAAGAAGCCUCUCACUUUCGUGCAUGAGUGGCUCGCCCUCCGCCGCAAAGGCCAAGAUUUCGAGCACACUCCCAUGGGUUUCGUUACUACGGGUAAGCCGCUUACGGAGAAUCAUCCAUUCUUCCGCAAGCUCGCUCACGGAGACGAUCCCACUCUACGACAGCAUAUCGCCCGAGCCGUACCCGGCCAGCUCGACGUAUUGGAAGAGAAUGAGGACCACGAUGAUCACGAUGAUGAAGAGUUCGUUCCGGCCGUUGAGCAUGUCGAUGACUCGGAGGGUGAGGACAAAGGGUUUGAUUCGAGCGAUAAUGAGGACUUUGUUGAUGCGGAGGACGGGGAGUAG